AAACUUCGUUUCGCGCAGAGCUGAGCGCUACUUGUUUACUUGAUCGUAGACUAGAUAAUGACAGCUGGAGCGUAUCGCAAUUACACGCCACCUGUACUGAAUUUUCAAACGAUUCGACCAUAACCGCUAUUCAAGUAACCUUCCUGUAUUGUACACACGUGUAGAGGUUUCCUGGUGUGAUAGUUUUUGGGCAAGCGUCAAUAAUGACUGUAAUUUUGUAAACAGGAACAUAACUUGAGCGCAACUCUUAAAAGAGAUACUCAAGUGCGACAUAUUAUGGGCGGAGAACGCUAUUAUAGUUCAUAGUAAAGCUGGAUCUUAGCAAAAAUUAACCACGGAAAACGCGUCACAGUAGAAUCACUUCCGGGUGACCCCUAGGGGGCUGGUUGGUGAUCUGACCAAACACCAGAACGUUCUGUUUUGACUGGUCGGUGCCAUGUGCUUGACCGAAUGUUAAAGGAUGUGCUAGUUAGUGCAAUCACUCUUUCGACGUUUAUAUGAUUGUUUUUACGAUGAAACUAUGAGUGACAUCAACUCUAGGAAUGUGCGAAAGUUUUUCACUUCAUUAUAAUAUCAAAUAAUUUUGAUCAGCUAGUAACCGAUCAGUGCGCGGGGUGAUGCAUACGUCGAUCUGCGAUCUCGACUAUAGAUCAGAUGAGUGCGACGAGCAAACUGCCCACGAAUUAUACAUUUCUGCAUUCUUCAAUAACUUUAAUUCGGCGGGGCAGAACCCGGAAGAUGGAAGAGACAACGUUACCCCAAUCUCAAACUGGUCUUAUAAAAAUGGUGUUGCUCUAUCGUCCACUCGCGCCGCAACUAAAAGCAAGCAGUCAUUGAAGCGCAAAUCGACUCCCGCCAAAUUGGGCCAGUUCUUGUUAACCACUAAUAAUCGGAUGAAACGGAAAACCACACAGUGCGCGGAUUCACAGGUGCCUAAUGUGAAACGACGGCGAACAAGUGCAAGGAAGUUACAAAUGCAGGACACCCCAAGGGAGUUUGACUCUGAAGAUGAAGGUAUCGCUGCCAAAUAUGACAAGAAAUCUAACAAAGAGCAAUCUGGUAAGAAAUUAGCUUCAAAGCUGAGCAUUUGGGAUGAUGCCGUCAAGGCAAGUACAGAUUUGCAACGCUCUGGCUCAAAUACUCGGGUUGUUGCUGCUCAAGCUACCGAACGAUUCGCAAGUAAUUCAACAUAUCGACAAUUCUUUCAAGACUCUGACCAAGAGAGCACAGAUCGUUCCAAAAUACUUUCACUUAAUAGAUCAACCGUUUCCAAGACAAGCCGAUAUUACGUGCCAUUGAAUCAAAUAGGCAAUGAUGCGCCUCGAGGUAGAAAGCGGACUUACGAUAAGUGUGCGCAAGACCCGUGGUACAUCAUCGACGAAGACAGGUGCGUGCUUAACGCGGCGCGUAAGAAAUUUCGAUUUAUGAGCGAGUUAGAAUGUGCAAAUUGCCGUCAACCUGGCCACACAAAAUAUAGAUGCACGCAGCGAAUUCGAAACACUUGUUUCUGUUGUGGCGAGUCUCACAGAAUUACCAGGUGCAAACAGCUUGUGUGUUCUGCCUGCAAACUCGCUGGACAUCUAUCAGAGCAAUGUCCUUUGGCCGAACAACUUCUUACUACACGAUGUCUUGACUGCAAACAAUUAGGUCACGGAAGGCACGCGGAGCUCGGAAGUAGUUGUCCAGACUACUGGAGAAGGUAUCAUCGAACAACAAAAGCGGGACCCCCAGUUGUUCCCAAUAGGCGAGUCACUCUUCCCACAGAUCGUGUUUUUUGUCCGAAUUGUGGUUCAAAAGGGCACACCGCGACAGCAUGUCCUUCAUGGAAAAAGGACCGCCCGAAAGCUCCUGUGCGCGAAGUAAUCGAUUACAAGAAUCCGCCAAGAACAAGCCAUCGACCAGGCCCGUGGCCUAUAGGUGGAGAGAUAUUAAUACCGUCCAAGUUACCGAAAAAGAACCGCCAAAAAAAAAACACAAGCCCUCAGAAAGCUAAAACCAAACAAGCAAUUCAGGGCAUGCCAUCAUUUCAAAAGGCCGAAAAGCGUACUUGGAGAGAAGGCAAAAUUCGAUUUUAUAAUCAGCAUUACGACAAAUACAUAACAGAAAGGCCAAUAAAUCGUCGUAAGGAGCGACGGCGUCUGGAGAAAAUGAUAAACAGAAACGAGUUUUUGGACGAUAGCCGAUUUCAAUGUCGUAUGAAAUUCCAGAAAGCUCGGAAAAACUUUUUGCCGUUGUGACGCUGAAAUGCACAAAUGAAAAUUAUAAUAAUGUAUAUGAAACAUGUUUAAUACGUUGCAGUAGUUUCCUUAACCAUAACAGCCAUUGUUAAUGCUCACGGUGAUAACUGUUUAGCAGGUUAUACGCACGGGAUUGGCAACGUAAGCGUAACACGGUCAUUGUCAAGGGUUAAUAACAAAGACUCAAUUGCAAAUUAUGAAUCAUGUUUUUUUAAUGUAAUAUUUUAGAACUACGGUGUGUUUACGUAUCGAUAGUUUCUCUUUAGUUCUGCCUGAAAGCUUCUAGGCUACGUAUUAAAAACAUCUCAAUAUAUACUAUAUUCAAAAUGUUAAUUAUCUAACUCUAAAAAUGUUUGCGAUUACUUUCAAGUUGUAGAUUCAAAUAUGUCUCAUGAGCAUGACCACAACUAGAUAUGGCGUUCACCACUCAUGCUCUCCUGUAGAGAUUCAACAAUGAAAACAGGUUUUCGAUCACAACGCUAUAUUAUUACUUUAGAUUCAUGUUAGCUGUCUUAAAGACAGCUAUAAAAGCGUAAAGGAGUCCUUACGACAGCCACGCCGUUAUCCUUAUUUUAAGAGCUGUAUGUUGAACACAAGCGUUAGACGUUAGCUGUCGUUGUAAAUAUUUUAGUUCCCCCCAACCAACCAAGUUCGAGAAGCUUUUAUAAGGCUGAAAGAAAAGAAAAUGUAAAACUUGCUGAGGCGUUAAGAAGGCUGGAACCACGAAGCACUUCUGUACCAGAAGCGUGUUCGAGUCUCGACAUCUUACUUGGGUGAGAAAUUCGUGCGCAUGUACAACUCAUUAAUUUAUUGACACACGAUACUUAUGAAUUAGGGCGGGGGCAAAUAACGAUAAAACAAGGGAAUAACCUAAAACAUGAAAAGGCCAAAUGCAAUGGUGUAGAGCUUGUGAACUUUUGUACAAAGACUGGCACCACCUGAGGCUUUAUCAGGUCGUGAGAGACUUGACAAGGAAGAAAGAGAUAUUUUCUGGGGGAAAAUGCUACCAGUGCCAGGAGGCCAUAAUGUUCAUCGUUAACAAUUAGGGUUUCAGCUGGCCUGUUUGUUAUCGUUAGGUAUUCACGUUACGGUAUUAAGUUGUAGUUCUGUUCGUCGUUUUGAGAUACAUAGUAAGUUUUUGGCUUGCUUAUCAUUACUGUUAUCUUGUAUGCUCUUAAACUUAGUGGGUUGAAGAUCCCUUACGAUCACUAGGCCUCGAACAGUGCCGAAGAUACCCUCGUCACUUAUAUUCAUGAUGAUCGAAAUGUUUAAGAUAGAACUGCCUUUGUUUUUUUUUUUUAAGAUUUGUCUGAGUAAAAAAGAUUUGGGUUUAUACGCAGAGUAGAUAGAUGGCUUAGUUAUUGAUCUUUUCAAUCCCAACAGAGGACCUUGUGAUACUAUCGAAUCAAUGGGACUAUUUCUGUGACUAUCUUUGAAUGAGGAUGCCCCUAACCAGAAUUUUGACAGGAUAAUGAGUACGCUUUCUUGCGAAAUAGACACGUUGUGAAAUUAUUGUAUUAGAUAGCUUUGCGACAGCGGAAAUAACAAAAGUUUCUGAUUUAGACAUGCCAUAGCGAUCCUCUAAAAUUAACUUGAGUCGAAAUUUCGCUAAAACAAACGUGCUUCUUCAGCAUACAGUCAGGGCUCUUCUUUCCCAUCGGUAAAUUUCAAAACUGUACCGCGAUACAGGAAUAAAUUUAAAACCGAGAAAGAUUUAGACUAUUAGAUUCUGUAGGAAGGAACUGCACCCUUUAUCUCAGGGCGGAAAUAAAAAUGAAACGUUUUCGUACAAAAAGGUAAAG